AUGAGUUUGAAUGAGAUAGACUUAACGAAUUCCCAAGGCAUUGAACUCGAUGGGGAACCGCAGUUUGCGGACCACGAAAAUCCGACUGUUAACGUUCUUGAGUCUAUUUCAGACGAUUCAAUAUUUACUAUCACGCAAUAUUUAACGCCCGAGGACUUGAUAAAUUUCAGUCAAACGAAUCGAAGAGUCUGGUACAUUUGUAAGCGAGACGAAGUGUGGACCUCUUUAGUGUUGAGUAGCACUGGUCGUGUGACUUACACGAAGAGAGAUGCGAUCCGCAGUUUAAUUGAUAAAAAACAGGAGGACAACGAUCAAGAGAAUACGCGGAUUGAAUUCCGCAAAAUGGAACGCCAAAACAAGCUUGAGCACAUGCUCUUCACCAUGAGGGAUUGCUGUAAUUUCAUAUCAAAUGACUUAAUCGCAAUACUCUUUGGCAUCUUUGGAUUGGUGUUAUUACAAGUUGAGUUGGAUGGAUAUGUCAAUGUGGGCUAUUGGCUUGUCGUGCUGCUAUUUCUCCCUCUUCUCAUUGUUUUAACGAUAGUGCCUAUGACCAACUUUUGCACAGGGAAACUAACAGACGACGAUGAACCUCCUGUCCGGUGGUACUCCUCUCCUAUUGAAACAAUCCGAUAUCUCUAUAUCUUCGGACGAAGAGGUGCUGGGAUUUUGACAGAACCAUGUCUGGUCAUCAACUACGUAAUUCUCUUUGCUAUAAGUCUUGGACUGAGUUACUUAGUUAUUAUCCCACCACUCUUGAUAUGGACAUUGAUUUGGAUUUUCUUUGGGUGCUUCACGUUUUCAAGACGACCAAUUGUCUCGGUCCAGAUUUGGAGAGGACUACUGGCAAUACCUGUUGGUAUUGUUGUGUUUAUUGGCAUCAUUUUGGUUGUUGUAAAGAUAGAGGAUGUCAUAGAUGUGUCAUUUCAUAUCAUCUUCAUACCAUUUUACUUUCUACUUGGUGUCAUAUUCAUAUUCCCAAUGGUUUCUUUCUUUGUAUUUUGUGGGUUGUGUCUCUGUGGUAAAUCAUACGAUACAGACUCGUGUUGCAACAAAAUCUGUUGGCUCGAUGUCACAAAUUCCGAUUUGGCUGCGUUACAGAGUCUAUUUGUGAUGCUGGUGAUCAGUAUAGUGUGUCCCUUCACGAUGACAUUUAUUGCGCUGUUGGCUACAAACUUCGAUGGGAGUGACGAUGUAUCAUAUUUUGUCACAUUUAUUCCAAUCGACAUUCUGGUCAUCUUCUUGAUCAUUUUGUAUGGAGUCGGGAAAAGGUAUGAGUUGACUCGACUCUGA